CACUGUUCCCAUUGGAAGAAGGGUUUGGGGCGUUUGGGACCAAUUUCCUCUCCGUGGUGGACGUGUACACAAAACAGCUCUAACUUUUCUCGCCGACAUCGUCGUCAUGUCGAAUAACAACGCCAGCAACAACUUAAUCAUCGCCCAGAGGGCCGUCAAGCAGCUCCGGUUAGAGGCCAGUAUACGUCGGAUCAAGGUGUCCCAGGCUGCUGCUGAACUGAGGAACUUCUGUCUCCAAAAUGCCUCAAAGGACCCUCUCCUGGUGGGUGUCCCCUCCAGCGAUAAUCCCUUCAGACCACCAAAAUCCUGUUCCCUCUUCUGAGACCAGCAGCAGCCAUGAAGAAUCUGCGUUUCUGCAAUGAAGGCUGCCUUCACUCUUUCUUAAUGACGCUGUAGAUCUGCCAUCUGUCUCCUGGACCACACAACACCUUGUUUCAGGAGGACGUCUGUUUGCCAAUACAAAAAAAUAGUCAAGAAAGCACACUUGCGUUUGCUCAUAUGUAGAAUUUCUUGAUUUGCUUUGACAAUUUCUAACAUUAUUCAAUGUAUUGACUGCGGCUGAUGAAACGACAGGUGCUGUUGUGUCAUACCCUCUUACACUACCAACAUCAGAUCAUUGAACUUGUGACCAGAGUAUUUAUAUCGUGUGUUUUCAUGUAUUUUUAUCUUCUAUUUUGAGCCAUACUACCACAUGGUACAGACCUGGAUGAAAAAGUUACUACCUUUUAAAGCACACAAUGCCUUACAAUUACUUUCCAUCGCUUUGGAUACACAAAUCACCACACAGCGGCUAUUUUGAAAAUGCUUGUAAAUCUUAUGUGUUUUCAUUCUAGGUCAUGCAAUGAAAUCUUUUACUACCUUUUUAUUUUCCUUAUAUUUGCUACUGACAGCAAUCUUUUUUAGAAAUUAAAUGUCUUUGUCAUACACUUGA